AUAUGUAUUUUUGAUUUUGGUGUGAACUGUCCCUUUAACCAAAUGUAAAGUUACUCGGUGAAGUAAAACGAUGGGAAACAAAUAUAUUAAGACACUUCUUUAAUAGACACCCAGGUGUAAGAGGAGGAAAUAAAUGUAAUGAAAGGGUGGUCAUGAUGUUUAUUUUCUCUUCCGCAUGGAAGCAACCACUGGCCUAUUUGUGUCGAGGGGUGUUUUGUAUCAGCUCGUUAUUCAUUUUGUCCGUGGCUCUCGCUUUUAUGGCAAACAGAAGAACAUUAAUUGUUAAUAUUUUAAUUCGUCGAAAACAUGUGAAUUAUUUCUCGUUUAUUUGUACAAAGGGUGUUUUAUGUCCAUUUGAAAGCUUUUCCGGUUUCCCCUCUCUUGCGUUAAAGUGAGGUCACUGUCACGAGAUAAACAGUAACAGCUUCCUCAGUAACGUUAAACUUCAUUUAAAAAACCGACACAGAAACGACCAACAGCGGUUUGGGUAAAAUCUUCCAAAAUGGGUCAUUGUGUCUUUCUCAUUUUAGCGGCUUUAUUUUCCGUCGCAUCGACACAGUUUAUACCACCGUAUACAGAAGACUGUCGGGCUGAAAUGUAUCCACCAAAGGGCCCCACGUUCAGAGGAUCUGUCAGUUGGUACACAGUGGACCUCGACUUACCGCCCAACAAGAGAUGGACAGCUCUGAUUACUGACAAAAAAACAGAUCUGGUCAACAUGAUUCAAGCCAUCAAAGACUUGGCGUAUGCUUUUGUGCCCAGUGGAAGGCUGAUAGAGCUGGUCGACAUUACGCUGCCUUUGAUGGUGGACACACUCCCAAACCCUUUCAGUGAUGAAAUCAAAGGAAUUGCAGAUGUUUCAGGGAUUCCUCUUGGUGAAGUCGUCUUGUUCAACAUCUUCUAUGAGGUUUUCACUGUGUGCACAUCAGUUGUUGCAGAAGAUGAUAAGGGUAACCUCAUUCAUGGUAGAAAUAUGGACUUUGGACUAUUUAUGGGCUGGGAUGUGAAAAACAAGUCAUGGAUCAUUAGUGAGAAGCUGAAGCCUCUAGUGGUCAACCUCGACUUCAAGAAAAAUAACCAGACCGUCUUCAAGUCUACAAACUUUGCUGGAUAUGUUGGCAUGCUGACUGGCAUCAAGCCUCACAUAUUCACUCUGACUAUGAAUGAACGCUUCAGCCUCGAUGGAGGAUACAUUGGAAUCCUGGAGUGGAUCUUGGGGAAGAGAGAUGGGAUGUGGAUGAGCUUUCUCACUCGCUCUGUCCUAGAAAAUGCAAACAGCUACGAGGAAGCCAAAACUCGCCUGGCUCAGACCAAGCUGCUGGCUCCAGCCUACUUCAUCCUUGGAGGAAACAGUACAGGCCAAGGCUGCAUCAUCACCAGGUCCAGACUGCUCAGUAUUGAUAUCCUGGAGAUUGACCUGAAACUGGGCCGGUGGUAUGUCCUGGAGACAAACUACGAUCACUGGAAGGAGCCUUUGUUCCUGGAUGAUCGCAGAACUCCUGCCAUGAAGUGCAUGAACCAGACCACACGGACCAACAUCUCACUGAAGACCAUGUAUGAUGUGCUCUCAACCAAACCAGUGCUGAACAAGUUGACGACAUACACAACACUGAUGCAAGUGUCUGAGGGAAAAUUGGAGUCGUAUAUCCGCGACUGUCCAAACCCCUGUAUGCCCUGGUAGCGGUCCAACCACUGAACCCUGAUCAGCCUGCAAAUGCGUUUCUGUGCAUAGAGAAGCUGUGAUGGAGAUAAGCUCAGCUGAUCUUGGAACAAAACUUGAGUUUUGAUGAAAAUACUAAAUCUAAAUUUUUCUGCUAUGGGGGAAACUGGUACAAAAAUGGAUCAAACGUAAAAGUUUUCUUUUUUUUUUUUUUUUUGCAGCAUGAGUCCAGUGGAUCGCAACAUGGGCCUAGGGACCCCUGAGAUGAAUGCUUGUGUUCAAUUAAUACAAAAUAUUGUUACAUUUUAUGUUAAAUGUCUCAAAUCCAGCCCAUGCUCACCAUUUUGUGCCUCCACUCUAUGGCCCUGCUUUUGUCUAGUGUUUUAAUCCUAAUUAAACUUGGCUGUUGUCAACAUUUUGACAACAGUUAACAGCUACUGUCUCACAUGACUGACCACUUCACACACUGUUACUGACAAAUGUACCUCAUAGCUGACCACUUCCUUUUUUAUUUUUAAAGAUGAUUAAUAAAAUGAUUACCAAAUA